UCACGUCAAUAUUCGCGCGAUAAUGGAUUAUAUUUACUUGUGCGCAGUACAAACGGUAGUUUAUCUUCGGUAUUCUUUUCGGGAGAAGAUUUAUACGAUAAUACUAUGGAAAGUUUACAAUGGUUAAUACCCACCGAUAUAAGACGUUUCAAUGUUUUCUCACCCUCUUCAACGUAUCAGAUUAAUAUGCGUUAUCGCAAUGAUCCCUCGGUUAAACGUUACUUUGGUCAUCAAUUGUGGAAAAUUCAUGAAAAUGAUGUAUCGAAUAAAGAAUUAAAUCAUUUUUGGAAAUUAUUUGGCACAGAAGUUUGGAAUAUUAAUCAGGAUGGCAUCGAUGUAUUAAUCGAUUAUAAGAACACAGCUAAAGCUAAAGAAUUUAUGGCUAAAAGUGAUUUUACCUAUAACAUAAUGAUCGAUGAUCUAGAAGUGGCUAUUGAUGAAACCUACAUAGAAGUUAAUACCACAAAUCCAAAAAUGCCCUGGUUGGAUAGAGAAGGCACCAUAAUGAAUUGGAAUCGUUUUCAUGAUAUUGGCGAUAUAAAACAAUUUAUGCAAUAUAUUUUGGAAAAUUAUGGCGAUAUGUCUGAGAUAGUACAGAUUGGAGUGACAAACAAUAAAAGACCUUUGGAAGUGUUGAGAAUAUCAAAUGGUGAUCCAAAUAAUUGGGCGGUAUUUAUUGAUGCCGGUCUACAGGGUCGCGAUUGGUUAAGUCCUGCUGCUGUGACAUUGGCCAUAUCGAAAUUGACCUAUUUAUGGGAAAGUCCAGAAUCAGAAAUAAUGCGUCAUAUUGAUUGGUAUUUCUUGCCCGUAGCCAAUCCAGAUGGUUAUCAGUACUCACGUAUAACUGAUCGUUUGUGGACUAAAAAUCGUCAUUUUGAUACGAAAACAGGUUGUUUUGGCGUUAACUUGGAUAGAAAUUUCGAAUAUAAAUGGGGUGCUUCAGGAUCUUCGGAAAAUCCUUGUAAAAACCUUUAUAAGGGUGCUAAAAAGUUUUCGGAGCCUGAGACGAGGGCCAUUAGGAAUUUCAUGUUAAAUAUGAAAGAUUAUUUGGGAGCCUAUAUUUCGUUUGGUGGUUAUGGCCAGGAAAUAGCCUAUCCAUGGGGUGAUGCUGAUUUCGUUACUGAUAAUCAAAGAAAUUUACAUAAAGUUGGUCGCAAAGCAAUGGCGAAUUUCCGCAAAUUGAAUCAGGCCGAAUAUCGUGUCGGUUCCAGUUAUCGUCUUAAACUUGCUCGUGCUGGCAAUUCAGCCGAUUGGGUUCAGUAUCAUAUUAAUCCUCAGUAUGUGUAUAAUGUUUUUCUUAAAGAUCAAGGACGUUAUGGUUAUUUAAUGCCUCCCCAUUAUAUUGUGGAAUCGGGUGAAGAAGCUUAUGAAUUUAUGAAAACUAUAGCCUUAGCAUUAGACUAUCAUAAUUGAAGAAGUAUUUAUAAAGUAUGAAUAUUUUUAAGUUUAGUAAUUAAGAUAAUUUAUUUAUUGUGAAAUAUUUAUUUGAGGAAAAAUAAAAAGAAAA